AGACUCGGUCUUUAGCGUGGCCUAAUCCGAUUUGCUCCGUUAGCCCAGAACGAAACAACCCGUCCCCAGAAUCAGAUCGACUCCUCCAAAAGCUGCACACGCUUCUUCGCCAAUCUUGACUACCUUUAAUCAUCCCCAUCAAUACCACCACCUCCCUUGGACUAACAAUCCAAAACAACCAGCCAUCCAGAAGCCUUGAGAAUACAUCAAAUAGUUGCUUCAUCAAGAUAUGAGUCGCGCCGGCAAGAUUGCCCCCGAGCAGCUCCCAAUUUUGUUCGUGAAGAAUCUUAACUACGAAGUAUCCUCUGACGCGCUUUGGAAACUCUUCGACCCCGGCGAGGACGGACUCAUCCGUCAAAUCCGACAGGGUAUUUCAGUCGAGGCAAAGGGAACCGCCUAUGUUGUCUUCUGGAACGUUAUGGAUGCGAAGAACGCCCUCGAGAAGCUAAAUGGCUACAACUUCCAGAACCGAUAUCUUGUCGUUCUAUGGCAUCAACCAGAGAAGACCCUCAAGUCAAAAGAUGACCUCCAGGCUCGCAAGGACAAUUUAGCGCAGCUCAAGAUGAAGCAUGGGAUCGAUUGACAAUUAGACGGGCCUGCAGACAGGCUCCAGACCCGUGCCCGUCCCCGUGCUCCGUCUGCAGUCCCGUCUUCUCCAGCUUCUACCUCAUCUAGCUCGAGCUUUUCCUCCUCCACUACGACGUCGAUCAAGAAGGAGCCGACUUCGGUGGCGAAGGACAAGAGGAGCAGACCAGACGACGUCGCCCGACACGCACGAAAGAUCGCGUUGAACUUCGUGCGGGGCAUUAUUCCACAGAAAUCGAACAAGCUAUGCAUGACUUAAAACGUAUCGUAACGGAUCAUCACAUCACAUCUGCGCGGAUGUCCCAAGGCAUUCGGGUCAUGGCAUAACGAUAAUUCGCGAAACGCGCAGUGUUGGCGUUUUGCUGCUAGGCGUGCUAGGUACCCCCUUUUUCAACUUGCGAGUCGCUCUUUAGCAAAACACCUACGGAACGCGGUGGACGUUGGUCAGAUUGAUUCAUGGUUACUCGGUGGUUUUUUUAUUUUUUAUUUUUAUUACGGCAUACUCUUUAUGCCCACAUAGUUAUUUGGCGUUGUGUUCAUGCGGAAGAAUAUGUUAUUAUUCUCGGGGGUUUUUGCUUUGAGGAUUUUCCACUCCUAUUUGAGAAUGCAAAAGACGCUCGUGAAUUGAUUUCCCCUUCAAGAUUGUGUCUUAAUCCUAACUCAAUGCAUUUCUAUCUAUCCAACCGUAG